GCUACCAACGCAAUGCGGCUCAUGAACUUUACGCAGGACCGGGACCUGCUGCAGGCGGUCAGCAUGGGCAACGACGUGCAAAUGUAUGUGCGGCUGGCAGUGAAGAAUCUGCGUCGCUUCGGCCACCGCCCAAUGGUCCUUACCGAGGCCAAGGCGGCCGCACGGCUCUGCGGCGGCAUCGCAAUCGUCGAAACUCAAACGAUCUGCGGCUUCCAGGACGCGAUCGCACCACACGAGCGUUGGCGUGCCGUGGGCGUCACAUCUCGCCACUACUAUGUUCUCUUCCUUCAGCGCUGGCGGUUGAUCGCUCGCACGCUGCGACUCGGCUACUCGAUGCUCUCCCUCGACACAGACAUAUACUGGUCAGCCGACCCCCUCGCGGUCGCCACAGCCGCGCUGCCAGGCGUCGGCGUCGCCGUUGCGGUCGGAACUGUCCACAAGACGGUCUCUGAGAGACAGGCUGCGGUUGUGGCCGAGAUCGUCGUCUCCCAACGCGUCAUCAAGCGGAUCGACAACCUUGUCACCGAGGCGCUUCUCAAGGCCUUCUUUUCCGACGACGCGCUGCGGGCCAUCUACCGCGAGAAGGCCGACAAGGUCAGUGGCGCUGGUGGCACUUCCGUUGCCCUUUUGGCUGCAAUCCGCUCCGACAUUGCUGGAGUUCGGCCGAAGCUCCAGAGGAUCAUCCUCGAGACUGUCGGCGUCAAGCCUUUUCUAGCUGCUGGUUUUGGCACUCAGAGUGGACGGGUCCACUCCGACUUUCGGCGGCGUUACCUCCGCCUCACCCGGGCCAACGGUUGGCUCGAGGACGAGCGGCUCAAUUCCACACAGCUUACUGCGCUCCUCCACAAGUUCCUCUCCGAGCUGACCAGUGCGUCUUUCCGAUCCGACGUCGACGCCGCGCUGAACGCCAUCGUCUGCGCGAUGCGCAGCGCCGUCAUCACGGACAUGGAUGAGGCCGCGGUUCUUGAGGGGGUCGGCAACGCCAAUGAGGAUGCCGACACCGCUGAUUCCGAGUGCCGGUCCCUGCUCAGCGCCAUCGUUGAGGUCUGCCGCCGGUGCGAUCGGGACGGCAUUACGCUUUGCGCUAGUGCCCGGGGCGCUGGCCCCGUCGCGCGCGCCGCCGCCGCCGCUGGCACUGGCCGUGGGGCCGACAAGGCCGGCGACGAUGACGAGGACCCCCGAGUUGCCAGGAUUGUCGAGCUGCUUACCGCUUCCUUCGCUUCUGCCCAACAACGGCGGACGCCGCGGGAGACUGCGGGCGCCGACACCACCGGCGGUGCUCCCCCUGCCCGACGCCCCGCGACGCGCGACUGCUCCAUCUGCCUGCUCAAGGGUAAGGGCACCUUCAAGCACUAUUACGACGACUGCCCUGAGCUCAAGGGGCUUACCCCGGAGGCCAUCAACGCUCUCAAGAAGGAGGCUCGCGCCGCGGGGCACGACUCCUGGUGGACUGAGAAGGAGGCCAAGAAGGAGGCGAGGAAGGCUGCCGACAAGGGCAAGGGCGGCAAGCAGGGCCGCUCCCGGGGCGGGGGCCGCGGGGGCCAGCCUGCCGAUCCUCCCAAGAGCACUGCCCUUGCGCUUUCCAAAACCAAGGAGCUCACUGACACCAUCCGUGGGCUGCUCGCGCUGACCCCCCCGCCGUCCCCCCCCUCUGGCGACAUGGACGCGCUCGACGAUGUCUCUGGGCCGACCGGUGCUCGCGUUGAGCGUGGGCGGGGCUCUAUCCACAACGGGGUUGCCGACCAAUCACUUGCCAACCCUGACAUGAGCAUCGCCGAGCUCCUCUUCACCUCGUUUGGGAGCCUUCUCCGGCGCCUCGCCCUGUGCUACAGCGAGCGGCACCUCAUCCCCGCCCUGCUCGAGCUACAGCCAUCGGGCGUCACACUCACGCUCGAACAGAGUAGCGGCGAGACGUGCGCCGAGGAGAGCAUGCAGUCGUCGGUCUGGGUCGCUGCGGUGGUCCUAUGCGAGCUGAUGCAGCGCCCAUGCGCCGCCUUCCCCACCGGGGUUGGCCACUGGCGAGGCAAGCGCGUGCUGGAGCUCGGCGCCGGCUGCGGGGCGUGCGGCAUCCUCGCGGCGCGGUGCGGCGCCUCGAGCGUGCAGCUGACCGACCUUGCGCCGCUUCUGCCGCUGCUCCGUCGGAACGCCGCGGCGAACGGCGUCGCCGACUGCUGCUCCGCCGUGGAGCUGGAGUGGGGCUGCCCGCUGCCGCCUUUUCUGCUCGAGCCGUCCUCCCUCGAUAUCAUCCUCGGCGCCGACAUCACCGCCUUCGCGCUCGCGGCAGACUUUGAGUGCGAGGAGAUAUCGGCGCAGCUCCAAGGGAGCGGGCGAGGGAGCGGGCGAGAGGGCGACUCGGAGAGCGGUCGAGCGAGCGAGGGAGAGAGCGGGCGGGAUUGCGACCCAGACGAGAAGAAGCCGCCCGAGCCCGCGUGCGGCGGCGCGGCGGCAGCUACGCUCGUCUUCUGCGUCCGUUUGGCCGAGCCACGCCCAGGGCCAGGCGGGGAGGAGGAGGAGGCGUCGCCUGAGGAGGCGGCGGCGCUCGCCGAGUACCGUGCGGCGUGCGAGCGGCUGGGCUUGCGGGGAGUGUGA